AAAGCACAACGGCCCGCCAGCAAUCACCACACACUCAUUUCUUGAAGUGCUCAAUGAAUCUCACCCAUCACCCUCCCUCCCCUUCAGAACCCACAUGCCCCCACCUCCUCUACCUCUCAUUCAAUCAAACCGCCUCGCAUUUCUGUUUGGGUACGGAUGCAGGGUUCCGGAUCUACGCAACCACCCCACCUAAACUCUUGACUGCACCGACUGUUGGGGGUGUACAUUUAGUUGAGAUGCUUUAUGCGACGAAUUAUGUGGCGGUUGUGAAAAAGAAGAGUAAAGUUGGGAUUUGGGAUGCGAAAUUGGGGAAAUGUGUCAUGGAAAUUGGGGUUGGGGAGAGUGUUGUGGGUGUUAGGUUGAGGAGGGAUAGACUGGUGAUCGCCACACCAAGUAAAAUAUUCGUCUAUACCUUUUCACCCACACCGGAACGACUAGCCGCAUUCGAUACACUCGACAACUCCUUGGGCCUCCUCGCACUCUCUACAUCCCCAACCCACCCCGCCAUACUAGCCUUCCCAGGGCGUGCCCAAGGCCAAAUCCAACUCCUCGAGCUCCCAUUGCACAUGUCAACACUCACACCUCCCACACACCUUAUUCCCGCUCACACCUCCGCCCUCGCCUACCUGGCCCUCUCACCCACGGGCGCCUUGUUGGCCUCUGCAAGUGAUAAAGGAACACUUAUCAGAGUGUUUUGCACACGUACGAAACGACUGUUACAUGAACUUCGUCGAGGAGCGGAUCAAGCACGUAUUUAUUGUGUUGCGUUUAAUGAAGCUGGGACCCGUGUCUGCGUCGCGAGCGAUAAAGGGACGAUACAUGUUUUUCAUCUCACCCUUUCCUCCGAACAACAACAACAACAAUUACAACAACACGAACCACAUAAAUCCACUCUCCUUUCCUCACUCUCCCCAUUCCUCCCAAAAUACUUUUCAUCCCAAUGGUCGUUUGCUCAAUUCCGAUUGGCACUGGAUACACGAUGUGUAUGUGCUUUUAUGCCCGAACGUGAACCACACGAACGUCGCGAAACACGACAAUCCGUAUCCGUCCUCUGCGCAGAUGGGAGCUUGUACUUUUUUUCAUAUAAUGUUGAUAAAGGGGGAGAAGCUUCUCGAGAUGGGUUUCAGAGGGUGUUUAAGGGGUUGCGGAGUGUUGGUGAGGGUGAACAUGUGCGAUGGGAGGAAAUUGAUGGGUGAUUGAACACUUGUAGGAUGAGACGAUGCGUGAGUUUUUGUUGAUGGGGCUGUAGAUGGUUGGAUAGGACUUCUGAAGCUUUCACAAGAGUCCAAACGCAUGUGGCCAUACGGAUCUUAAGGAUUUUUUGCUCAUCCUUUUACAAUAAUGUUGGGGGACUGCGAUGAAAGUCAAUGUGUAUACAGAGGGAUGUUAUGUUCAGGAGGAAGCCUUUGCGAGAAUUGGGGGGGGGGGUACUCCAAGUAGUCUUUUGUCCAUUAUUGUUAUUAGCUAAAAACGUUCGCUUUAGGGAUACGAGGUGAUGGGGUGGAUGGAUUGCAGGACAUUUUUGCGAAAUAGAUGGGUUUGUUAUGCGCUACUUUUGCUGGCAUGUUGUUUUUUAAAGAAACAAAGGAGCGAUGCAUUGGAUGGAUAAACAC